AUAGCACGCAGGUGCGUCUCGUUCGCGUCUCACGGCGGCGCGUUCAAAUUGUUUGUUUUUGCGUAAACCGUCUUAAUGUAUCUACGCAGCCAGCAGCGUCCACACAGUUAAGGCCGCUUCUCAAAUGUACACAGCUGAACAGUGAUGAGCAAAACGAGCUACAAUGGAAGAGGGACAGAGCCACUUCAAAGCUCUGAGGGCCAGGUUUCAGGAAGAGGCCCUCUUAGCUCAAUCCAAAACCAGUCGACCAGCUGUUUCAGAGAAACCGAAACACCUUCUUCCUCCUGGAGGUCACAGCAGCUCCGUGGUCAGCAGUAUUAAUAUUGCUGUAGAAAACGAGACACCAGUGGUUCCCCGGGUCAUCUUCAGCGAUGGGCUGCGGGCAUCUGGCGGUAAGCGACCAAUUUCCUUUCCACCACAACUUCAGCAGACCUCCCCCCCAUCUCAGCCGGCUAAUGGAGACCGCACAACAAGGCAGUCCCUCAAAGACAGACACAUGCCUCUGGUGCUUCCUGUCCUUCCUGUUAAAGAGCAAAAGACAGAGCCGCCAGCCAAAAAGGAGCACAAACUGGAUCCAGAACCAGGGAAAGAAGUCCCGCCACACACUAAAAUCAAGAAGAAAGGUUUGCUGCUUCCUUUUAAGUCUGCCAAGGCAUCAAAGGUCAGUGCAGAAAAUGGAGAGGAGCCUACGUAUGCUGAUUUGACCACCAGACCUUCAAGUGCUCCCGGUGCGUUACUCUCGGUGGAAAAACAAACUACAGAAGAUGGGCUUUCAUUUGAAAGUUACCAAUCAACUGCUGAGGUCCCCCUCCACAGCCAUAAUAUCCCAAUCACCCCUCCUCUUGCAGAGACGAGUGUCGAUUCCAACAACAAAUUUAUUAGCACCUUGGAGAAAGCCAAAAAGAAGUUUUCACGCAGGCAGAUGUUGAUCUCUGCCAAACCUAAGAGCUUGCGUUCUCCUGACUACGCCUCGAGAGACAUGGGGUUCCCUUUGCCGCAAAAGAACAUUAUUGAACCCAAGCUACCCAGACCCUCACCAGUCUGUCUUCCACCCAUGGCUUGUCUAUCGGCCCGGCCUUUCUGCAAAGUAAACCACUCUGCACAUAGGUCUGUGCUGGAUAAGCAGUUUGGCUGGGAUAAAUCUCUUCCCUCUGACAGGACUGGUGAACCUCAUUCAUCCUCUGCUCCUCGAAAGAGGCCUCUACCUGACUUGAGGUUACUGGGACCAUUGCCACCAAAGCCCCACAGACCUCCAUCAGUAGAUCUCAGCUGUUACCUCCGACCCACAGUUAACGAGGUGUCACCAGGUCUUAGCCAAGCACCAAGCGAAGAGCCAGAGGCUGAGCACCCAUCCGUCGCCCACUCUGGACUGGACAAUCCAGAGUUUCCAGACUUUGAGAUUUCAGAGAUGGAAACAGCAGAGGGAGAAGCUGUUGACAUUGGUGCGCUAGAACUGGAGACCUUUGACUUAGUCAGCACUGACCUUCCUGUACAAGAUGUCUGCAGGCUCAUCGGUUUUGAGGAGCCACAACCUGACUUAUUGGUGUGUGAUCCUUUCGAGCCCCUUAUGAGAACCGGCAUCCAAAAUCUGAACCUUGGCAGUCAAAACAUAAUACCCCUCGAUCCCGCCAGCUUUCCUGAACCAAUAAACUUCUCGGCUUUCCCAGAGCCUGCUGUAUCAGAGCAAUGGUCUCAGAGUGAGGAGGCGAUCACAGAUCCUCUCUCUAGCACUCAAGCUGAUGAGACUGAUCUGGGAGAUGCUGAGUCUCACUCCGCUGCACAGGAAACGGACAAUGUUGGUCCUGCAGAUUUGAAUGAUGGGAUUCAAUCACAUCCAAGUGUAUCUCAACAGGACAGUUACUACGAAGCGUGUGACAAUGUGUAUGAGGAUGUCGAAAAUAUCAACAAAUUAAUCUUGGGCCUUAACUCGCGUGAGCGAAGAGGUGUUCUGAAGAAUCCAUAUGCUGCCAACAACUCUAUGAAGGAGGAGGUGUCUCUUCACAUAUGGCCACGAAAUCCGUGGGGCGGUGUAUCGGGAGAACACGCUCAUUGGGUCCAUAAUCACGUCCACAGUAGAGAACGCCAAAGCCCACCCAAUGCUGACCUUAAAGAGCAGAAGAAGAGGGAAAAGCACCGACUGGAGAAGGAGAAAAAAGAGCAAAAAGAAAGGGAGAAGAAGGAACAUGAAAUGAAAAAGAAGUUCAAAGUGACUGGCGAAGAGGAGGCCAUGUACCACGCCAAGGUGAUGGUGGGUAGCAAGGUUCGCAAGAAUGACCUGCCGGUGAAGAGCGGAGACACGGUCGGCAUCAUUCGCACCACCAGCUGCCCCAAAGGCAAAUGGUUGGCCCGAGACGCCAACCACAGUUACGGUUACAUUUCAGUGAUGAACGUAGAACUAAAUAUCAAAGAGAUGCUGGAACUUGGCAAGAAGGCCCAAGCAGCUGGACGAGGAGGCAACCUGGAGGGAGAUACCAUCAGCAUUGGGAGCAGAUCCUCGAACCACCCUGUACUAACGAGCAGCUUCACAGAUGACAGUGAAGAGUGGGCCUGUGAAGAUGAGACCCUCUCACCCUCCAGUGAGAGCCAUAGCGGUCCCCAUCAGACGGCCUCACUGCCUGAGAUGUCAUGUGGUUAUGUCAGCGGCCAGCACACUCUGAGCGAUGCCAACCUGGAAGACCUACACACGCAGACAAGACACGAGGCCCUGCAGAAACUAGCCAUCUUCUUUCAGCACCGCAAAGAUACAUUUGAUGACAUCCCUGGUAGCGGCGGAGAAACCCCUACAAAUGCUGAGCCAUCAAACUUCUUGUGUGGUGUGGAGGAGCCUCCGUACCCUGAACAGGAGGUUGACUUCGCUGAGCUGGAAUUCCUUCCUCCCCCGCCGCUAUAUGCUGACACCUUCUGAUUACCACACUGGCUGAAGCAAGUAACGGCACCAUGAAGAUCAGUUUGCCAUGUAGUUGAAAAUGGCUUUUGAUCCUGUCCAGAGGAGAAAAGAAAUGAUUGUGAAUUACCCUGCUGAUGUGACCACUAUAAUUCUUAUUUCACUUUCUUUUUUCCUUUAGUUUUGCUGUGCAUAUAUCACAUUGUGUUCUACACUUUUCUUUUCUGUUAAUGAAGCACACUUAAUCAUUGCUCUUAAUCCAAAGAGCAAUGACAUAACGUAGCCACUUUUCACU